GCAUCUUCUUCGUCGCAGGGGCUGGCCUUGAAUCCAUGCUCAUCAGCGCUCGCGCUCUCAAGACACUUGCGCGACCUGCUUCAAUCGCUCUUCGACAAUCCCCAACGCCCCAUCUCUGGCGAUUCUCGCACACAUCGGCGCGGCGCCAAAUCGAUCCUUUGACUACGGACAUGACGCCUGCGAGGUCGGUGCCGCCCUCGGCGCCCUUUCCCACAAAUGGGCUGCUACCAAAGGAGACGACACAGGCCCUGUCAUUUCUCAAGAAGUACCCAGAGUGCGACGGCCGUAAUGUGCGGGUGGGCAUUCUAGACACAGGCGUCGACCCUGCGGCGAUUGGGCUGAGCGGCCGUGGCAAGAUGGUCGACGUCAUCGACUGCACCGGCUCGGGCGAUAUUGCCCUGGCUGAAGUCAAGCCUGUCUCGACGGACUCGAGCGGCAUCAAGGUCGUAUCGCCCACAACCGGCCGCACCCUGGUUCUGUCGGCACAGCUCAAGAAUCCAACUGGCUCUUGGCUGCUCGGGGCGCGGCCUGCCUAUGCACUCUGGCCGGACGAUCUGGUCAGCAGGAGAAAGGUAGAGAGAAAAAGGGAAUUUGACGUCGAGCACGGCCGGCUCGUUGGCCAGGUUCAGAAGGAGCUCUCGGCGCUCGAGCAGGCAGCCGAUGAGCACCUCGAAGGCGAAAAAAUUGAAGCUGCAAAGGCGGCCAGAGCGCAGCGCAAGGAAGAGCUCAAGAACAAGCUCGCCGUGCUCAAGGACCUGGCCACCAACUACAAGGACCCAGGACCCAUCAUCGAGACGGUCGUCUUCCACGACGGCACCCACUACCGUGCCGUUGUUGGUGGCGCAGAGGGCACCUUCCACGACCCGUCCCAGGGGCUUCCUCAUGACCAGCUCAAGCUCCUCAAGGACUCCACCCUGGACAUGACAAAGUCACUUGCGCUGACAGAUUUUCGCUUCGAGAAACAGCACGCCGAAUUUGGCGAGGCCGACAUGCUCACCUACUCGGUCAACAUUCUCACCGACGAUACAGACUUGCAACAGGCCAUUGAGGCACCCAAGGGCAAAGCCAUUGGACUGUCCCUCGUCGUCGUGUCUGGUUCGCACGGCACACACGUCGCUGGCAUCGUCGGCUCUCAUCGCACUGAUGAUGAAGAACAGAAUGGCGUCGCGCGUGGCUGCGAAAUUGUCAGCCUCAAAAUUGGCGACACUCGCGUCAAGUCGAUGGAGACGCAGCAGGCCCUCUUGCGAGCAGCCCAGGCUCUCGUGGCGACAAAGUGUGACAUUGCCAACAUGUCCUUUGGCGAAGCCGGUGCCUUUGGUGUUGAGAACAAGGGCCUAUUUGCCCAGAUUUUGAGGGACUUUGUCAUUCGUCAGAGAGACAUUCUCUUUAUUUCGAGUGCCGGCAACGCCGGCCCUGCUCUCACCACAGUCGGUCAACCCGGUGGCACAACGUCGGGCAUCUUGAGCAUCGGCGCGUACGUCGAUGCCGGCGCCAUGCAGCAGGCUGAGUACGCACUCGUGGAAAAGAACGUGCCUUCGUCGGCUACGACCUGGUGCUCCCGCGGUCCAACGGUCGAUGGCGCAAAGGGCGUCGACGUAUAUGCGCCUGGAGCUGCUAUCACGUCGAUCCCACGCUACUGCCUUUCCGCCACGAUGCUCGCCAACGGCACUUCGAUGUCUUCGCCGAAUGCUUGCGGCAGCAUCGCUCUACUCCUGUCGGGCAUGAAGAAGGAGGGCAUUCCCAUCACCGCUGCCAGGGUCUACAAGGCCAUUCGUGCCACGGCAAAAGACGUGUCCGACGAUCUCGGCGUGCCAUUCAUCCAGGUCGACAAGGCUUGGGACUACCUCGUCGAGCAUCGAGACAGGCCAGAUCAAGACGCAGAAUUUCGGGUUGCCGUGACGCCGGCGGGCAAGCUGCCGGGAAAGCCUACAGACCAGAGGGGCAUCUACAUACGCGAAAAGAACUUUACCCAGAAGGUGAACCAGUACAGCGUCACUGUCAAGCCGACCUACAAGCCAUUUGGCGAGCCAGAAAGGGCCUACGAUCUUCAGCUGCCCGUUACACUCAUUGCGACGGAGCCGUGGGUCAAGAUUCCUGACUACCUCUUCCUCGGCGGCAAUGGGCGGACGUUUGAAGCCCGUGUCGAUGCCACACAGCUCUCGCCAGGCCUGCACAACGCCCUGAUUGAGGGAUACGACUCCAACACGCCUGGUCGCAAACUCUUCGACGUCCCAGUCACGGUGGCCAAGCCCUUGGUUCCUCAAGGCCCCACGGUCAACUUCAAGGGUGUUCGUCUGGCCACGGGAACUGUCGACCGUCGCUUCAUCCACGUACCAGAGGGUGCGACAUGGGCCGAGCUCCGCUUCCGAACCUCAAAACAUGAGAUCCCGGGCACCUCAGUUCGAUGCUGGGUCCAUGCGGUGCAGCUCGAGCCCCAGCAGCGGCUGGGCAACGUUGAGGGGGCCUAUGUCAUGGCCAUGAACGAGAACGAGCCGGUGACCAAGAAGAUGACGGUUAAGGCGGGCAUGACGAUGGAACUUGUCCUUUCGCAGUUCUUCACCAAUGCUGCCGGCUUCGAUCUCGAUGUCGAUGUCGAAUUUCACGGCAUCACCGUCUCACACCUUCUUACCGGUCGGGACGAGCUCACAAUCGUGGGCGGCGACGGCAUCGUCCGCCUCGAGUGCAUCUCCAACUUGCGCAUCGAGGACCUGAAACCAUCGGUCACGUUUGAUCAGCGCAGGAUCUAUGUCCGCCCAACUUCGAGCGAAAUUGUACCCUUGCUUUCCGCUCGCGACCGCCUGCCGUCUGGCAACAACACGGCGGAGCUCAUCAUGACGUAUCCAAUCGACCUCAAAGAGGAAGCCAACAAUCUCUCCUUCUCGCUUCCCCUCAGUGACCACCUCUACGACAGCGACGUUCCGAUGCUGACGCAGCUGUACGACAUCAACAAGAAACGUGUCCAGUUUGGCGACGUCUAUCCGAAGAAAAUCGAAAAGCUUCCAAAGGGCUCCUACACGCUUCAGGUUCAGCUUCUGCAGCAGAGUGUUGCAGCGCUAGAGAAGCUCAAGAACAUGACCCUGCGCGUGGAUCAGAAGCUGAGCAAGCCCGUCGAGAGCGUCAGUCUGUACCCGGACAUUGUCGACCAGUUCGGGCCUGGAAAGCCUUACAAGGAUCAAGGCCAGGUCAAGCUGCACCCUGGCGAGAGAAAGGUGCUGUGCAUGGACACGAACCUGGAAGGCGAGGCACUGCCUAAGGAGGCGCAGCCUGGUGAUCUUCUUCUUGGGACGCUGUCCUUCGCGGCAGAAGGAAAGACGACUCUCCGCUAUCUCGUUCCACCUGCGCCCAAGAAGGCGCCCACGGAAGAAGGCAAGAAGCCGGACCCAACGGUUGCAGAGCUCCUCACGGGCCUGGUUGGCAAGGUGGCUGAGUCCGACAAGAAGAGCUUCCUGGACAAUCUCGUCAAAGAGUAUCCCAACGACUUGGGUGUGCUCGUGGCCCGUCUCGAGUCAUUGAAGGCAGACGACAAGGAGGAUUCCGCCCAGGUGCUCGCCGCCGCCGACGCUGUCCUAAAACAUGCCGACGUCGAUGAGAACCGCAUCCUCAUCUCCCUCGGCUCCAAGCGGCUUCCUGCCUCGGAGCAGACACCAGAGCAGAAGGAAGAAGCUCGCAAGAUGGAAGAACGGAAGAAGGCUCUUGUGACGGCCCUCAAUCGUCGCACGCGUGCGCUCCUGGCCAAGGAAGAGGAAAAGUCGACCAAGGACUUUGAAGAGACGUUUGAGCGAUACAGGAAGCUCGUCGACGCUUCCGACAAAGAUUUUGCGAGCGUGUAUUCACGGUGGGCCAUCAUUCACGAGCGCUACGGAACGGCGCUGCAAGCGACACGAAAGCUCAUCAAGGAGCUGGGCGCAGGCACCGCUGAGACCGUCGUCGAGCUCAACAAGGCCCGCCAGCUCGAGCGCGAUCUCUAUGCCAAGCUGGACUGGAAGCUGUGGAGUGCCAUUGGUGACAGACACAGGGUCCUCGAAAUCGCUUCAAAGUACCUGUCUUUCUGAAAUAAGAGAUUCUAUGAGCAAUAAAAUGAUGGCGUGGUAGACACAUUCGGUGAACC